AUGGACGAGCCUCCCUCUAAACGACGUCGAUCUGCCCGGAAGAAUGAAUCUGAAUCAGUCGUUCCUUUGAAGAAUCAAUCAAAGUCAUCUCAAAUAUCCCCUUCAUCGCCAACCAAACCCAAGUCUUUACACAGCUUCUUCCAGCCUGCAACAGAAGGGCAACGAUGGUCAUCACGGAAAUUCGAGAACCGACGACCGGUCGCAUCCGUAGAGACAAUCGAUGCAGACGUGAUCGAGGACGAUUAUGACUCUUACGAUGAGAUCUUUACCCAGCAUAUCAUAAGCCAAAAGACCACAACAUCAUCCGACGCGAAAUCCACCCAUGGCUCCUCCCAUUCAGCUCGACCAACUUCAAAACCAAAGACGACGACGCGACAUCAGCCCCAUUCCUCGAAACGAUUUCUUAUGCCACCUGAUCGUGGUAGCAGCGAUCUACCAUCCCCUUCUCCGCAACCACCUGCAAAAUUGGACCGUCGCCCUUGGCCGCAACGAUUUGCGCCAACUAACCUAGAUGAGCUGGCUGUGCACAAGAAGAAGGUCUCUGAUGUAAAGAAUUGGCUGGAGGAGGCACUUUCCGGAAGACGCAGUGAGAGAUUACUAGUUUUACGAGGGCCUGCAGGAUCGGGAAAAACAACGACAAUAUCCCUACUGUCCAAAUCAGUCGGCUUCGAUGUCAUUGAGUGGAGGAACCCAGCUGUCUCUGACUUUACAGCGCAAGAGUACACCUCUGUUACUACACACUUUGAGGAAUUCUUAGGCCGGGGUGACCGAUUUGGAGGGCUCGACCUAAGGGAUACAGUCGAGUCACAGAUAUCUCAAGAUGAGAGGCCGCGGAAUUGGCGCAUUCUCUUGGUGGAAGAGUUCCCGACAGCUCCAAAUCGCAAUUCUUCUAGCUUGUCUGCUUUUCGAGCCUCAUUGCAACGAUAUCUUGCAGCUGCAACCGACCAGGUAGUGAGUGGAUUGGUACAUCCACCCAUUGUGAUGAUUGUUUCUGAGACGCUGUUGAGCUCGGCGUCGUCUAUCUCGGAUAAUUUGACGGUACAUCGACUGCUGGGGCCGACGCUUUAUAACCACCCCAGUACGGCGAUUAUAGACUUUAAUGCCAUUGCAGCAACCUUUAUGCAAAAGGCGCUGCGAUUGAUUCUCGAAAAAGAGGCACAGGAUUCUCAUCGCGCUCGGAUUCCAGGCCCAGCGGUACUGGACACCAUAUCAGAGAUUGGAGAUAUUCGCAGUGCCAUUUCAUCCCUAGAGUUUCUUUGCCUAAAAGGUGAUAAAACGGGUACAUGGGGUGGUACUAUUGCCAAAACUAAAUCCAGGGCCAGGAUGGCUCGCAGAGAAACUUCACUAACAGCCAUGGAGGAGGAGUCUCUGAAGCUGAUUUCACAGAGAGAGGCGAGUCUGGGCAUGUUUCAUGCUGUGGGCAAGAUAGUCUACAACAAGCGCCUUGAUCCAAGUCUUGUGCCUGCAGAAACUGUAGUGCUUCCACCUCCACCCGACCAUCUAUCAGAUUACCAUCGCAAGGUCUCCCAGGUAGCGGUCAAUGAACUCAUUGAUGAAACAGGCACUGACACCUCCACAUUUAUCUGCGCUCUUCAUGAGAACUACCCACCAUCCUGUGACGGGUCCUUAUUCACAGACAACAUCAAUGCAUGUAUCGAGGCACUUUCAGACAGCGAUCUCCUCGGUGCUGACCGCAGGUCCAUGCAGGGUGCACGGGCGGGAAUUGGCAUCGGAUCGAUGUCCUUGAAUGCCGGAGUUGACAUCCUGCGACAGGAUGAGCUUGCCUUCCAGGUUUCAACCCGGGGACUUCUCUUUCAUCUGCCAUACCCAGUGAAGAGGCGGGCUGUGGCAGUAGAUGGCCGUCGUGCAGAUGCACACAAAAUGCUAUAUCCGUCCUCGUUGCGCCUGUGGAAAAAGACCGAGGAGAUAGAUGGUCUGGUAGAUACAUGGAUGAAAAAUAUGCUCGACCCUACCAAUUCCCACGUGCGGUCGUCGCAGACUGCUGAAUCUGGUGUCAAGUCCUGGAAAAGCCUACAAAGUCGCCAGGCGACCGUGUCAAAGAGUGAUGAUCAUCCGAUAGUGACGAUGAUGUCACGCCACGAUGCUCUUCUCACCCAAUUCCCAUACAUGGCUCAGAUCCAGACCCAUCGGGAUGAUCCAGACAGUUGGCAAUUGAACCAGAUCAGUAAGGUUCGUGGUAGUCGAAUGGGCGAGGUCAAUGAAGAUGGAGAAGAAAGCGACGAGGUACCAACAAAGAAAGUUAGGACAUUGGAACGACGACGACAAGAAGAGAAAUUAAUUCUCAGUGAUGAUGAUAUUGUAGACUAA